UUUUUUUAUAAAUUUAUAUUAUGCAUAACUAUUUACCAUUAAAAUGCAAAAGUGAAACCAGUAUUGGCAUAGGUUUAAGGUCUGCAAAGUAGUAGAAAAAACAUAUGGAAAUACACAUACAUUAAUGCUAUCGGCAAUUGAAGGCUUUCUAAACUUUAUAUAAUUUGUCUCCACUUAUGAGGAAAGUUUUGCUCAAAAAUCAUAAUACGAGAACAAUCUGGACGGUAAAAACUGCUUUCGUGGCACCGCAGCGCCUGAUUAGCCCUCGGAUGUGACCCAAUAAUAGCGCUCAGCUCUGAAAACACACAACUUUUACAUUUAAAAUUUCGCUCACAUAUGAAGUCAGUCCUCUCUGUUCUCUCUCACACUCUCUAUCAUUCCUCAGCCUCGCUAUCAAUUGCGAUAUAAUUGUAAUCAUUAUUACGUAAAAACUUUAUCGAUUGUGUUUUGAUUUAAAGGAUUCAAAAACCCUUUGGAAGUUUUGAGAAUGAGUGAAAUAUCGAUAGAGAGCGGACGGAUUGAAAUCGAUGGCAGAAACCUUUAUUACGAAAGGGCCGGAACUGGCGAACACGUCGUUCUACUACUACCCGGUGUUCUCGGAACGGUUCAAAUUGAAUUCAAACAUCAGUUCCAAGGCUUCGAUCUCUCGGCGUUUACAUUAGUGUCUUGGGAUCCGCCGGGCUUUGGUCUGAGUCGACCGCCAGAAAGGGUCUAUAAUGACGCUUAUGUCAGAGAUUCUGAUUUAGUGGUAAAAUUCAUGAAGAGUUUGGGUUACGAGAAAUACAGUGUCAUGGGAUUCAGUGACAGCGGCCGCACGUCCAUGAUAUUGGCGGCCAGACAUCCGGAUGUGAUGCGAAAGCUCGUGAUUUGGGGCACUUGUAGUUUCAUUGGCGAUAAGGAGAAGAAGACACUGAGUCUCUGCAAAGAGGUCUCGGGUUGGAGUAAUGAACGCAAGAAUAUCUUCGAACCCGUCUAUAAGGACGACCUGCAGAUGGUUUGGGGCGCUUGGGUUGACGCCAACAAUCGGCUCCAAGACUUCGCCACUCCUUAUCUGAAAGACAUAACGUGUCCGACAUUUAUACUGCACGGCGAGAACGAUAUCGUCACUCCUAUGGAACCGCACGCACUCCACCUCAAGAAGAAUAUAAAGGGCGCUCGACUCGUCAUUUUCCCCAAAGCCCCGCACACUUGCCAUCAGGAAAAGGCCGCAGACUUUAACCGCUUAGUACAGGAUUUUCUACUCAAAUGA